AUGCCGUGUGGAAUCCUGAGUCCUCCUUUGAGAGGCGUGCCGGGGGAGCGGCAACCGGGCUCGCGCCAAGCGCUCUUCACUUUGUCCUGCAUCAAUGCACUGAAUAUGGCAGACCGCUAUGUGCCCGCAUCGGUGAAGCUGCAGAUCGAAAAGGACCUUGGCUUGUCUGAUUGGGAGAGUGCUCUGCCUUCCAUGGCUAUGACCGCCGUUUUCACUGCGGCGAGCUUAGUGUUCGGACUGCUUGCUGAUCGGGAGUGUGUGGACAGAAGGCUUCUCCUCGCAGGUGGCAUUGGCUUCUGGUCCCUGGCCACAGCCUUGGGUGGUUUCGCACAGAACCUCACCCAGCUGAUUCUCUUCCGGUCAUUAGUGGGUGUUGGGGAAGCUUCUUUUGCGACCGUGGCGUCGCCGAUGAUUGCAGACUUUUUCCCAGGUCCCCAGCGCAAUCGUGCCUACACGAUCUUCAGUCUCAGUGCACCGGUUGGGGCGGCUCUAGGAUUCGGUGUGGGUUCGACACUGGGACAGAACUUGGGCUGGCGCACUGCCUUCUUCGCCUGCGGUUUUCCAGGAAUACUCGUGGCCACCUCCGUUCUCUUCUUGAACGAUCCUCCCUUGGGCAUCAACGACGAGAUCGAGGACCCCACGCACCCGGAGUCCACGGACGAAGACUCUGAGCAGUCAAAGCCGAAGCGCUGGGAUUGUGCCUUUCUGAGAGAGGGCCGAGAUCUCUUGAGAAAUCCUUUCUUCCUCUCCGCCACCCUGGGCAGUGUGGCGAUCUCCUUCGCACUUGGAGGCCUCACAGAAUGGUACCCGGCUUUCCUCGUGCGCUACUCUGAGCUCUCGCAAGCACAGUCCGGGUUGGUGCUCAGCGGCAGCUGUGUCUUGAGCGGUAUCGGUGGCACCGUCCUUGGUGGAAAGGUUGCCGACAGUGCUGCCCGUCGCUUCAGCAUGGGCAGCAGUUCCUACUUUCUCGUGCCCGCGUGUUUCAUGUUGCCAAGUGCGAUACUCAUUGCAGUGGCAGUGAACCACUUGGAGACAUGGUGUCUGGUGGUCUGUCUUAUCUUGGGUGAGAUGUUCUUCUUCUGCUACCAGGCACCCAUCGCCGCGCUCUCGAUGUCGGUGAUUCCAGUCCACAGCCGUGCGAGGGGGUCAAGCUUACAGAUUUUGCUGGGCCAUGUCCUCGGUGACGUGAUCAGCCCACCCAUCAUCGGCUACAUCUCUGAUACCAUGGAUCUUAAGUUGGGAUUGCAAGUUACGUGGGUAGCUGUAAUCAUGGCAGGCCUGUCAUGGUUUGCGGGCUAUUGCUGCUUGGAGAAACCGCCGAUAGAUAUUGUACCAAAGCAACAAAAGGAUUCCGGCACCAUCUCCUACAUCCUGCAGACCGGGAGGGAGUCCGUCUGCGGCUGCGAAUCUGACUCAAGCUCUCAAUCUUCAUAA